GGGGAAUCUGGGAAAGAGAUUGGGACUGAGGCCCAAAAGGUCAAGGGUGGCGGCAACUCCACAAAUCAAGGGGAAUAAAGGAAAGUGCUGAAUGUAUUGAAUUCAUGCAUUCAUUGAACACCUCACUGUUGUUUUUAACUAGAUUCUUUCUUCUCUUUUGGUUUAAUUACAUUGGCACAUUAAUUCUCCAGGCUUAGUUACCUAGAAACAGUCUGAGCUAAAAGUGAACUAACUAGGUUUCAAGAGUCUUCUGCCCCACUAAGGGUCCUGCUUUCCUGCUGUGUGUUUCAUAAGUAGGAUGAGCUUUUUCCAAAGUUGGCCUGCCCCAAGUUGGGUUGACAGCUAGUUUAAUAGUCACUCAAUUGCCCUGGGGGAAAAAAGAAAUCAUAUGACAGUACCUGGUGAAAGAGGCCUAGAGCUCACCAGGAGGCUGCAGUGCCUCAGGACCCAGAUCUCAGUGAGUUGCUUCAUAUAAUGAUCAAUGAAAUAUGGGCUCAGAGUGCAUUGUAGCCACUAGGUGGGGUUCUUUGUGUCAUGCUUGUGUCUCAGACUACGUAAAUGCUUCUGAAAAUAUAUGUAGUGAAGGACAGAGUGUUGUUUUUUGUUUUGUUUUGUUUUUAUUUCUAAUCCAUCAUAGAAACAUUGGUCUGAAUUCAGUUAACUACCUGAUUCCACUUAUCAUGCUCUUGGAUGUUGGGACAAUGGUUUGCUCUGUGUUUCUCAAUGCUUGCUUUCAAUGUUUAUGCUUGUGUUGUUGGAGAUGGUAACAAAGAGUUCGCCGGCUGCAGCUGUUCCAGGGAUCAUACUUUAAGCAGGAGUGCCUUAAAAGGAAGGCUAGCUAUGUCUUUGCUUGUCGUCAGCAUAUCAUGUGGCCAGAGCACUGGGUCGCUAUUUUCUCUCCAUCUACACCCCACCUGUGCUCCAUCCCUAAGCAGAGGCUCAGCAGGGAGCUGCAGGAGAAAGAGAAAGUGAUUGAAGUCCUGCGGGCCAAGCUGGAUGCUCAGUCCCUCACACGCUCCAGCAGCCAUGCCUUGUCUGACUCCCACCGCUCUCCCAGCAGCACCUCUUUCCUGUCUGAUGAGCUGGAAGCCUGCUCUGACAUGGACAUAACCAGCUUUCAUUUUCACUCCAUACCCAAGCUGGCUAGCCUUCCUCAGGCAGCAUUGCCCUCAGCUCCAUCCAGCUUCCUGCCUUUCAGCCCCACUGGCCCUCCCCUCCUUGGAGGCUGUGAGACACCGGUGGUCCCCUUGGCUGAAGCUCAGCAGGAGCUGCAGAAGCUGCAGAAGCAGUUGGGAGAAAGUAAGACAGUUCCCCGGGCCUGAUCCUAAAUCAGGGAAUCAUAUUUCCUAAUGCAGGACAGAAGAGGAAACAGUAAGUAUGAAAAAAGUGGAUGACAAGUUAUGGGGGCUUCUGUAGACAUUUCUAUGAGAACAUCUCUAAGGAACUCCCCCAAGCUGAAUUCAGCACAUAAGCCAUAGGAGGUAUUUAAGAGUAAAUUCUACCCUGAUAAAAUAUUUCACUAAAAAAUUUAGCAUGGGCUGGGUGUGGUGGCUCAUGCCUGUAAUCCCAGCGCUUUGGGAGGCCAAGGCAGGCAGAUUACAAGGUCAGGAGUUCGAGACCAGCCUGGCCAAUAUGGUGAAACCCCCUCCUCUACUAAAAACACAUAAAAAAUUACCUGGGAAUGGUGGCACAUGCCUGUAAUCCCAGCUACCUGGGAGGCUGAGGCAGGAGAAUUACUUGAACCUGGGAGGUAGAGGUUGCAGUGAGCUGAGAUGGCACCACUGCACUCCAGCCUGGGUGACAGAGUGAGACUCUGUCUCAAAACAAAACAAAACAAAAAAUUUACCAUGCCACUGUUCUUCAAUUGUAUAUAUAUAUAUAUAUAUAUACACACACACAAAAUUAACAUAUAUAUGUUAAUUUUAUGUCCCUAGAUAAGUCGUAAGGUCUGUGAGAAUGAAGAUAGCUCUGCAUUUCACAUCCCUUACAGCAGCAGUAUCAGAGAGAUUCACAGUAGAUACUCAAUGAAUAAUUAGAAUCAUUUCAUCCUAAGUCUAGAUAAGACCCUUCAUGUCUUCUGUUUUAACCACCACCUGAUGCCUGAAUUUCUUCUAUGUUGUGAUACUGUGGGUGACUGUAUUUUGCAAUCAUGGGUAUCUCAUUAACUCUCAUGCCAUCAACUGAUGAGACCCAAAACAAGAGACCCUAAGUGAGAGCCACCCAGCUGAGCCCAGUCAAACCACACAACCAUGAAGCAUAAUAAAGUAUUGUUUGAAGUCACUAAGUUUUAGAGUGGUUAUUACUUAGCAAUAGGUAACCAGGACACAUACCAAGAUGAAUGUCUGUUUUCAACACAAAGUAUCAAUAACACUUUUAACUAUGGCAAAUAGCAUUGAGUGCUUAAUAUAUGCUAGGCACUAUUCUAA